UGGAAUGAUGAGAAGAACAUUUAUGGAAGGAACAACAAUGGCAUCUCUGACUACAAUUGGAUUGACUAGAAAUCCAUCCUUCUUCUCCAUACAAAACCCAAAACCCAAUUCAUAUCCUUCUUCUUUUGCUUUUCUUAAUAGAAAAAAUAAACCUGUUUUGAAAAGAUGGGUAUCCUUGAAUAGGAAAAUCAAAGCCGUGGAAAAUUCAGUAGAGACUGCAACUGGUUCUUCACCUAGAUUAUAUUCAGCUCAAACAUUUGAGCUUACUGUUAAAAAUGUUGACUUGGUUCUUGAAGAUGUUAGACCUUACUUGAUUGCUGAUGGAGGAAAUGUUGAUGUGGUUUCUGUUGAAGAUGGAAUCAUCUCUCUUCAACUUCAAGGAGCAUGUGGAAGCUGCCCUAGCUCAACAACCACCAUGAAAAUGGGGAUUGAACGUGUUCUGAAGGAAAAAUUUGGAGAUGCAAUCAAGGAUAUCUGUCAAGUCUCUGAUGAACAACCAAAUGAUACCACUGUUGAGGCAGUCAAUGGUCAUCUUGAUAUACUUCGACCGGCAAUCAAGAAUUAUGGUGGAAGCGUGGAAGUAAUAUCUGUUGAUGGAGGUGAUUGCCAUGUCAAGUACAUGGGACCAGAGUCAAUUGGAUCAGGAGUUAAAGCAGCUAUCAAAGAGAAGUUCCCAGACAUUGUGAAUGUCAUAUUGACUAGUUAGUUUUCCAUCAUUGAAGCACAUGAAGUCUCAGGUAGUCAGCAGAUAAAGAUUUUUACUUUAUAUCCAUGAGCAAAAUGCUUUAGAUACAUGUUGCCCACUUGCAUAAUCCCUGUAUGGAUCUUUACCCUGUCAAUACAUGAUAUUUUAGGGUAUAUAAAUGCUCUUAAUCGGUCUGGCAGUCGUCCUGCAGAACCUUUUUGGUUUUAGUGUGUGUAGUUGAAACUCACUAUAUAAUUGGUGAAGCUCUUUGUUUCCUUUCUUAUUUAAUACCAUCAAUUUACAUCUAGUACUGUUUAUGUUCUUUAAAAGACGUUGCUAAUAUUUACC